GGCCGAGCGCGGUGUGCGUAAGUUCUGCGAGUACUGUCAGAUUUGACUGAAUCCAGAGCAGAGGGAAAUUUUAGGAAAAUAAUAAGUUUUAUACCAUAUCUAAUGUUCAUUUUCCUUUCGUUUUUCAAGGAGAAUUGAACAACACAUUUCUAUAAUUCACGAUAUAUCACAUAUGACUUUAUCAUAUAAACCAACGUCUCCAGAGUUAUAGUUUUCUGUGAUCCCAUUUUUAUCUUCACUUCACUCUUCAGUCCCAUUCGUAGGAUAGUGUGUACGGCCUACUGACGCCUUUAUUGACUGGAUCUGGACUUCAUCAACAAUAAACAAACUGAAAAAGCUCAACGCAGUUUUUUUUUUCCUGAACCGACAUGUCGAGACAAAGCAGUAGAGCAACAGACCCUCGUAAAAUUAGUCAAGAGCUGUUUACUCUCACGUAUGGCGCCCUUGUGGCUCAACUUGUGAAAGACUACGAGAGCGAUGAGGAAGUCAACAAACAGCUUGAUAAAAUGGGAUAUAACAUCGGCAUUCGUCUUGUGGAGGAUUUCUUAGCACGGUCCAGUAUUGGUAGAUGUAAUGAUUUCAGAGAAACAGCAGAUAUCAUUGCCAAGUCUGGAUUCCGCAUGUUUCUUGGAGUGACUCCGAGUGUUUCUAACUGGAGUCCUGCUGGUGAUGAGUUUUCCCUCGUGAUGGAUAAUAAUCCUUUGACUGACUUUGUAGAACUCCCAGAUGAUCACAGUAACCUAAACUACUCCAAUGUGCUCUGUGGUGUCAUAAGGGGUGCUUUGGAAACGGUUCAAAUGGAUGUGAGCGUGAGGUUCGUCCAGGAUACACUUAAAGGAGACAAUCAAACAGAGAUACGUGUUAAAUUCAUCCAGAGAUUAGAAGAUGCUUUACCAGCUGGAGAGGAAUGAGCCCCAUACACAUCUCUUGUAUAUAAAGGACUGUGUAAAUAUAUAAAUAUAACCAUGAAGAUAUGAUAUCAUUCCCUAUUAUGAGUGUAAUACACAACGUGAGUAUGAGACCCUGUUUAAAAUUGGAAAAAUGUAUGUGUAAUACACACACAGCAUAAUAACCAACGAUUAUAAAAAUACUUACAUGCAUUUCGUUCGUAAAGUGCUCAUAUCUACUUUGCAUGGUGCUCAAAAGUGGCAAUUGUUUUAGUCAGUUGGCCAUCCGGCACACAUGUAUUUUUUCAAGUAAAUUACACCUGGCAGACUUUUCACAACUUAGUCAUUUGUAUGUUACAUAAUAAUACACAAGUAGUCACCUGUCCUUGGGUGCCAAGUCAGCCUGUUGAUCAUAUUGGAUCCUGCAGCUGACAUGGCUAAAGUUGAAAGCCAUUCUUUGUACAUUAAAAUUCCUCUUUUUCACAAGCAUCUUGAUGCUGAGUUUAUAAUUUAUCAAAAAUUUGAUUUGGAAUAUAGGAAAUGCACUCCCGUAAUGUCAAAACAGGAAAAGCUCAAAUCUCAUUGAGCAAGAGAACAUCUCACCCAUUGUACAUGACUUUUGUACAGCUUCAUGGAACAAAACCUUGGGUAAAAGAGCAUAAUGUGGAUGAAUUUGUUUCUGAAAGAAAUAUAUGCUCUGGCUGGUUCACUAUCCUACGAUGAACGACAAAGAGACAGAACCCCCAUAUUACAUAAUGCUCUAUACCCUUCACAGUAAUAGAUAGGUGCAAAGGAAACAGACACUUACCAGUAUACAUUUUAUAACCCCACUAUAGUCUUUACUUGUUAAGUUGCUGCUAUGAAUAUUAUUUUGUAUUGAAUUGUAGUACAUGUUACUAUGUUUGAAGAAAAGAGAAAGAUAAAUACUAGUCUAGUAUUAACCCUUACUGCAUCAUACCCUUCACAUGCAACAGAAUGUAAUUCAAUCUUUGGGCAUCUCCAUAUUCAUUGGUAUGAAGCAGAACACAAGUACGGUUAACAUCAAAGGUUACCAUCCCAUUAGGCUUCUAUUAUACAAUGUACAUGAAACAAGAUGCAGCCUUUGACCUCCAAAAUUUAGCAUAGGGGAUAGUUUUGCUAAUCAUGAAAUAUGAUUUUCUUUAUAUUCAUGUUUAGUAAGUUGAUUUUAGGAAAUUGCUUUAAAUAUGGUAUAUAGUAGUUAACAAUGAAAAAGUGCAAUACUUUGUCCACUCUGUUAGAUAUGUCAAUCUUGAUAAAUGAUUUUGAUAUUUUUUAGAUAGCUUCAGAUGGUGAUUGUCGGAAUUCAGCGAACCUUUUAGAAGCACCAUCCAUUUUUCCUGUAGUAAAUGAUUCAGAAUGUUUAAAUUCCAGAGUUUUUCAAAUUAGAAAUAACUUUUAGAACCACUUUGUAAACAUACAGGCAGUAAAUUACUUUCUGCCUGCCAUCCAUGUAGGUAGUUGUCAGAGGCAUUAUGUUUCAGGUUGUAUAUUCAUCCCAUUUUCAUUCUUGCAUUGACAUUUAAAUCAUUUGAUGGAUAAACUUUAUAUAAUCACUGGUCAAGGCAGGGUCCGCAGUUCUGGCCUCUUUUCAGGCUGUGAAUAAAACUGUCCCACAUCAUUGGAUACAUGUCCAUACAUGUAUAUCUCAACACAAAGGGACUUCAAUCUAGACACAAGCCUAUUUUUAAUUGGAUGAUUUUGCUUGUGUGUGUUUUAUUUUAACACAAAAGUUUUCAACGCUAGACUUGAAAUCACCCAAUCUUUUCAGAGCCGGUAAAAAGCCUCUGAGUCCUUGACAUAUGUUAGAUUAUUGUAUACAACCUGAAACAUAUUGAUCAUAUGGUUUGAUUUGCUUUUACGAAUUUACUUCCAACAGUGAAAUAAUUGGAUAUUAAUGCAUGAGUAUGUGUUGUACAGCUAUCUGGUUUAAGGGACGUUAAUUUCGCCCUUCAUGUCUGAUAUUCAAAAAAUUUGGGGAAUUGUCCAAAAUGUGUAACUUGUAAAUGUUAUUUUCCCCCUUUUUCUAAUUUAUGUCAAUAACCUGUGAAUUGUUACAUGUAACAUUCUUUAUAAUCGUAAAUAAAAUAGAACACUAGUGAAAAUAUUGAGAGUCUUGAAAUUUAUUACAAGUGAUAAUUCAAAUUUACAUAGUCAUUUCAAAUAUUUACAAAACACAUCAAAAUACAAAAUAUCUUUACAAGAAAUUCUUGACACAAAAUUACAAUUUUUGAACUCUAUAAUAUAGAAUAACAUUCCAUAAUGUCUGUUAUUUACAAUUAUACAAAUAAACUAAAAUACAAAAAUGAUAAAUAUAUCAAUAACUCUGUUCAAAGUGACAAGAAAUAUUCACUUAACAAACAAUUUGUAGGCAACAUUGGAGUGUACAUGUAUGUAUAUUCAGGAAAUAUAUGUCUUAUUCAUAAAAUGUCCUAAUACACAAUUAUAGAGUGAUGCUUGCUUAGGCUGCUUUAUUCAGUAGAAUUGUAUCUUAUUCAUAAAAGAUAACCUCCACCUCUUUCCAUUUUAGAUUUUCUUGACAUGUUUGAUUUUAUCAAUCUGUGUGAAUCACAGACAAGAAUCUGGGGCAUGUUUCAGAAAGAGUUGCAAUUAAUCACAACCUCACUGACACCCUAUCACAACCAUGUAUUUGGAUCUUUUAGUUGCAAUUACAUACAGCUCUUUCUGCAACAAGCUCCUGGAAAUUUCUAGUAUAAUAAAUAAAAGCUGCACAGUAUCAAUAUCAUUAUUGAAUAUCAAAAGAAAUUGUAAGUUCAUAUACAUAGUACAUCAAUUCGUUGAUAAACGAUGGCACCUCUAGUGGAAAUCUUCAAUAAAAGCACAAGAUGAAAUAUAAGUAUAUUGCAGUUGCAUUUGUGGUGAAAACAGUUGGUACAAUUUGCAUAUAAUGGACAAUGAACACACACAUUUGUAUAAGGUGGAAUUUAGGACGGAAUGAUAGCUAGUCAAAAUAAAUAUGAAUCAUAAAUCUUUUAUUUAAUUUGUAAUAACAUAAUAGGAUGAAUUGUCCAAGAGAAAUAAAGGCACCUUCUAUUACGAUUUUUUUUCUAAAUGAAUAUGAUGCAUAUCCUUUGCAAGACAGCCAUGUUUCACAGUGGCAGAAUAUGAAAAAGUCUUUGCACCAAACACAAAAUAAACCUUUCAGUCAUUCUCUUCAA